ACUUCCGCUACCUCUAGCGAGGCGGAGCUUGCGAAGAUGAGGUCGGGGUCACGCUGAACGCUCUUGUUUCUCUUCCGGUGCAGUAUACUCUAUUCAGGAAGGCAUUAGGACCGCUGCGUCCAGUAGUGACAGGUUCUUCCUGUAGAUCAGCCCUUCCAGUUUCUAGUCUGUUAAGAUUGUACCGGUACGGUGGCCGAGGUGGUUUGAGCGCGCCGGAAGUAUUCCUCUUCGCGCGCGCCCAGCUAGGCUAGAGACGCACGUGGCGCGGCCGCAGAGAGCAUGUCUUUCCGAGGCGGAGGUCGCGGAGGCUUUAAUCGCGGUGGUGGAGGUGGAGGCUUCAACCGUGGCGGCGGCAGCAACAACCACUUCCGAGGGGGCGGCGGCGGCGGCGGUGGCGGUGGCGGCGGCAAUUUCAGGGGCGGCGGAGGCGGCGGAGGCGGCGGCAAUUUCAGGGGCGGCGGCCGAGGAGGAUUUGGACGAGGGGGCGGUCGUGGAGGCUUUAAUAAAUUCCAAGAUCAAGGGCCUCCAGAACGAGUCGUCUUAUUAGGAGAGUUCAUGCAUCCCUGUGAAGAUGACAUCGUUUGUAAGUGUACCACAGAAGAAAACAAGGUUCCUUACUUCAAUGCUCCUGUGUAUUUAGAAAACAAAGAACAAAUCGGGAAAAUAGAUGAGAUAUUUGGACAACUUAGAGAUUUUUAUUUUUCAGUUAAAUUGUCAGAAAACAUGAAGGCAUCUUCUUUUAAAAAGUUACAGAAGUUUUAUAUAGACCCGUAUAAGCUGCUGCCACUGCAGAGGUUUCUGCCUCGUCCUCCUGGCGAGAAAGGACCUCCCAGAGGUGGCGGUGGUGGCAGGGGAGGUCGAGGAGGAGGAAGAGGAGGCGGUGGCCGAGGUGGUGGAAGAGGUGGUGGUUUUAGAGGUGGAAGAGGAGGCGGUGGGGGCUUCAGAGGAGGAAGAGGAGGUGGCGGAUUCCGAGGAAGGGGACAUUAAAUGUCCAGUUGGCAGACCUGACCACUUCCAUCUCCACUACGUGGCCUGCUGGUUGAAGUCUGUGUCUGGAGCAGUCUGAGGAUACCAUUCUGUCAGUGGAGCUGAGUCGGCACCAUCGCAUAGAAACAAGAAGAGCAAGACAGUCAAGUUUGCUCAGAAAGAGGAGAAACCCUGCUUUGUACAGAACCUGGCACUCUGGGGGGUGCUCAAAGAACGACAGGACUUUUCACUUGAAGCAUAUUUGUAUUUUUUAAAUAAAAUUUUUUAUUUCCUUAACUUA